AUUUAGGGGAAUUACACAAGAGAUUUUCAAAAACUGAAUACUUAGCGAUUUACAUAAAGUAAGAAUAGGCUAAAUAUAUAUUUUUUUUUUUACCAAAAUUCCUUUUAGUUUUAACAACUUUGAGAGAGGGCAUUUUUUGUUUGCAUGUAACUAAACCCAGAGCUAAUAUCAAGGACAGUGAACAGCUCACUUAUCCUGCCUGGGUCAUCAUUAAGCUCUUUUCUCAGCAAUAUGAGAGCAAAAUGAUCAAGGCUUACAUUGAAACUCCACCCUCAUUGCAUGUGAUACACCAAUUCACAUUGUGCAUUAUGACUGGUUAUAAAAGACAAGACCAGAUUUUAGGAGUAGGCCUUUAUCUUUUAUUCAAAAUCUCAUACCUGAGUGUGUUCCAGUUUCAAAAGAUGAAGACUGUCUUGUCACAAUGACUGAUCAUGUCUUUUUCUUUCAUUUCUUUCUUGUUUUGGCCUCUCUCAUCAAAACUAUUUAGCCUACCUGAGAGUAGGCUUAUGUGUCCCCAUAUUGCCCAUAAAGUGAUCACAUACCUUCAAUGUAAGGGUAGGCCUGGAUUGCAAUCCAAUAUGCUUGGAUAAUUGGGUUUUAUUAUGUAGAUGCAAAAAAGCCGAGUUACACAAUGAACCAACCCAAGCUGUAAAAAGUGAACCACUAUGAUUCACUUUUAAUUGACAAAUUUGAAGAUGAAUCCAAGAUUUAUUUCUGAUGAUGGCAGACAAAUGCCAUCCAGUAGUCCUCGUUUAGACUCAAAUUUACAAUGCACAGCAACAUAGAAAGAGUCGGACUAAUGUAACAGCAAAGGUUAAAAAGUACUCAAUAAACAUUUGUUAUGUAGAUUACAAAGCGAGCCAUGGCUCUAUUCGACCUCUAUUAGAUCGAGUAUUACAAUUCAUCAUAGCAAGUGCAAUCAUCCACAUGCAUGUCAGAGCUGCUUUGGUCCGGUCCUGCAGUAAUAACAAUGUAAUGAAAAAUGGCUUCCAUGGAUCUGAAAAUCUAAUGACCUAAUAUCUGAUAUCGACCAUAUUUCAUUUGUCCGCGCUCCCCGGACUGAGACGUAGAGCUGUGUCUGACAUGUUCAGCCUUACAAAAACAUGUGCAGUGUCGCAUAAAUGAUAACGCUUCAUCAUACCCUCAUGUCACUUACAGAUUUGUCUGUUAUUUUGCACGAAUUAUUUUUGACGUAGUUAUUGGUUAGCAUCGCUAGCAUCGGCUAAGCCACAAGUCGAACAGCCGUGUGCGUUUACGCAACGCAGUCCAACAAAGUGAGGGGAUGCUGGUGACCCAUGCAAGAGCUCUAAUGCAGAGUUGAGUUGUAAAUUGAUGUAAAACAAGGUUUGCAGACGACAUAAGUCAAAUGAAAAAAUAUGUUCAAUAGGGAAUAAACAACGUUGGGGGUUCUAUAUGUGAGUAUACAGUAACGUGCAAACUAACAGCAGCGUCCACGAGCUCGCGAGCGAGAUUCCUGAACAGAACAGGCUAGUAUCAACCGUCAGGUUAUUAGCCGUCGAGCUACAUCCAGAAGCAGAGGCGCGCGAGAGAAAUAAGAAGUCACUGCAUGAAUACGAACAUCCCUUUUCCGGACUUGUUGCAGACUUGUCUUAGUGCCUUGUAGUUUCCCGACAGCUCAACCUCAAGAUGCCUUAGUUAGCUUGCUAACCAUGGCAUUAUCCAUCUCGUUGAAGAGCUAGCUAGCACCACCGUACAGCCUGCCUUCCGCCGACGUGCACUUCCCCCACUCUCCCUCCAGCCGGCUCGCCGCAGCGUUAGUCCGCUACAGAAAAUGAAGCGACCAGCGGCGUUUUGGGAAGCUGUGUGGCUCUUUGGAUUUUGCUGAUGUAUGAGGAGACGUUAUUGUUUUUUUGAGGUGAGCUGUUACUUUUAUGUCCACUUUGAACUCUUCGCAACAGAAUUACCUAAAGACACACCAACCCUGACCUUAGACCGGGUAAUGUUAGCUUCGCUUUCAGCAACAUUUAGCUGUUAGCUUCAACUAGACGGGGAUGUCUAUUUGCUGGAGAACUAGCCGUGAUACCUGGAUGCUAACUUAGGUUGAAAUAUGUUCUGCGUUGGUCGUUCACGCUGCAGGAUUCACGGGACAGCCGAAGAAUAUUGCUGAAAGUACAAGUGUCUGUGCAUGAGACUGCACAUAUUUAUCCCAGUUUUUCCUCCUUCGGGACACUUUGCUGCUACGUCACCAUCGGUGGUUGUUAGCUUUUACGUAUCCGUCGUUAUUGACACGGACCUGACUAAUUGCUGGACAAUACCUUCCCUUUGAAGUCGAUGUUUACAUUGAAGCAUACUACUUAGCAUUGCAAGUGUUUAACCAUAAAAUCUGAGUUGUGUGUUCUGUGACGCUGGAAUAACAGGAUGCUGUUGUUGUGUGUUCUUACUUUGUAAAGAGAAUUAUAGUCAUAUAUCGUGGAAGUAGAAUUAAACAACCCCUGGGGACGGUAACACGGCUAGCUUGGAUGUUGAGACGAUAACUUAGCCAUCAUGUCAUCACUUUUGCUCGGUACGCUGUCAACUCCAUUUUAGAGAAUAAACCCUUAAUCAUUCUGAUUUGCUGUGAAAAAAACACACAACCUACAUUUGUAAAGACUUGGAUUUAAGGUUAGUUUGUUGUCAAGAAAGGAGUGCACGAGAAGUCCUGUUUAUUCAGAGAUCAUGGGCACAUAUGUGAAAUAUUUUUGCUCAUUAGUUCAGUUCCCACAAUAGCAUUUGAUGUCGUUUUAAUAUCAGCCUUUUGAUUCAGUACAGGACAUGUAAAAACGUUAUGCAGGUGUGAUUUACUUUCUUUUCUGAGUUGGUUUCUUUAGUACAGUACUACCUGGACGAGCGGACACACAAAGAGGAUUUGGUUUUGAAAUAGAUGCAUUUGCAGUGAACUAUUUUUAACAGAAAUAAACAAAACAUUUAAGUUUUAUCUGCGAUUUUUCUGCACCAAAGUGCUUUGGUAACAGCACUAAACGUCACCCUUAAGCUGUUGUUUAUGUUAGUAAACAUGGAGUACUUAGAAUUUUGUACUUUUGCUAUUGUAAAGAUAAAGACACUGUUUUCGUGUUGUUUGUAAGAGCGUGACUUUCAGCUGGACAUAUAAUAUCAUGGGACAAACUAUCAUAUUUUGUCUUAAGCAGCAUGUUAGCAUGAGCUCCCUCUGUUUUCUUUAUUUCGGUUUUCUUACGAGUGGAUAUGAACGGUGUGAUGUACAUGCCCAUUUAGUGUCGCACUUUUGUGCCAAAAAGCACAAAAAUACCGGGAGAAUCGUGACCCCACAACCCCUUUGUUUGCGUCUUCCGUGUACAAUCUUUAAACGUUUCAAAAACAACACUACUUCCUUUUGUUGGCUGUGUGGAUGUGUUGAGCCCCUCCUGUCCCGCAUUGUAUGUUUUACAAUAUUUCUGUUAAUGGCGUAAAUCUCAUAGCGGAACUAAGAUGCGAGUGGCAAAGGUUCUGCACGAGAGGGGCGCCGUCGCAACAGGAAGUUCCCCGUACGGAAGUUGUGUUUCCUUUGUGUAUCCCGAUUUAUGGUUGUUUUAUUUAGGAAAACAUCAUCUGACUUGUAACAUUUUGUGCCGUUUCCGUCGUUUGGAAUAUGCAUUGCUCGGUAAAUAUAAAGGUGAACUGCUGACGCGGUUUCCCACCGAUUGAUCCUCAGUAACCCUCGCGUCUUUCAUGAGUGAGAGAAAGCUCGACCGCACUGGUGCUGACGACGAUGCAGUUUACACCAAGAUCGUUAAGAAGUGAAGACAGAGCAGUCAUAUAUUUUGUUAGUCUGUUGAUCAUAAGUGUUUGUGGGAAUAGAGCCUUUAAGUGAGGAGUGUGGGGUUGAUGUGUAUCGUGGGGCGACAAGGAGAGUUGUGUUUCUGUUUUGUUAUGAUAGACAUAUGUUGUUCAAAGCAAUGCUGUUUUCUGUUUGGGAAAGCAAGGAUCGACUCAAAACAUGUGAUACAUUUGUCAGCAGCAACUCAAAUGUUAUGGAUGUACUAAUUCCUUUAAUGCAACGCUUUUUGCAUUUUGCCUUUAGAGUAAAACUCAUGGUGUUGGCUCUGGCUGGUUUUAUCACCAAGUAAAUCCUUUUUAUGUUGUUCAAAUUGUAGAUCUCUGUCAAGGAGGUCAAAAUCAGUGCGGGGUAUGGACGAGCAGAAAUCAAACUGCGAGGAGAAUGACUCUGAACCAACAGGUAGUACUCCCCCAUACCCCUAAUGUCCCUGCUUCAUCUAAUGCAAACGUGCCUUUCUUUGCAGAAAUAUAAUUGUAAUUCAGUUUGCUUCUGGUCUGAUCUUAAAGAGAAAUUCACAAAAUUGCUAAUUGCUAAUAACUAAACAGAUUUUUUUCUUACCUCAGUGAUAUCUCAGUUAAAUUUAUGAGAGGUUAUCACAAAAUAAGGGACCACAUAUCAGUAAUUUACAUCAAGAAUUGCAGAGUAGAUUUGACUUGUUUGCAGCUGUUGAUUACCUUUGUUACAUGCAAUUUUGACCUUAAACUACCAUUUCUUUCUACUAUUCUUUAUGUCAGACAUCUCUUAAAUGUUAAAUAAACUGUUACAAAAUAGAUGGGGGAUAUCUCCGGAGCAGCAAGUCUUGCAUAAGAAUGGUGAAUUACUUUAAAUUCAGUGUAUAUCAGUUUAUGUUGAAAAAGGUUGCAAUCUACAUCAUAGUAUCCCAUGACAUCGCCAUGAUGAAGCUCAAAAUUCACCUUUUAAAAUCAGUUGGAGAGAUAAACUCAAAACCCCAGGUGUAAAGACUCAAACACUUUCAAACAAGUGUGUUAUCAAAUCUUAAGUAUUUUAUGUAUGUUUUAUAUGACACAACAUUUGUCCGUAACACAGUUGACAAAAUCAUAAAUGAAAUGUUCAUUUUCAUUAAAAUAAUUUAAAAGUCACUUGAGCUUAUGCUUGCCAAUUAAUUGAUUUAGCACAUUAAGGUUGUAUAUCAUAGAAACAUCUAGUUUAUUUAUCAAAAAAGAAUACUGAUAUAUUGAGUUUUUGGUUGACCUGAAAUGUACCCCUAAUUGUAGAAUGACUCCCCCGUACCCCUAAUGCCCUGCUUCGUCUAAUGCAAAUGUGCCUUUCUUUGCAAAAAAGUACUAGUAAUUCAGUGUGCUUCUAGUCUGGUCUUAAAGAGAAAUUCACAAAAUUGAUAACUAAACAGAUUUUUUUCUUACCUCAGUGAUUUCUCAAUAAAAUUCAUGUGAGGUUAUCAUAGAGGUUAUCAAAAUAACGGACCACAUAUCAGUAAUUUACAUCAAGAAUUGCAGAGUAGAUUUUGUCUUGUUUGUACACCUUUGUUUCAUGCAAUGUUGAUCUUAAACUACCAUUUCUGUUUUUUUUUUUUCAUUAGCUGAUGAUAAUGCCCCUUCAAAGCAGGCAGUCUCCUCUAAAGAAGAGCCCAAAGCCCCUCCUGCUGCUGAGGUCAUGUCGGGUGCCACUGCAGCCUCUUCUGGUCCACCUGUGUAAGUUUCAUUCAGAGAAUAAAUUUUGUUGGGCACAAAGUUGUUUCUGGCAAAAAAAAACUAAUAAUGUAACCUUAUUUUUGUUUCUUUGUAACAGAGAAAACACCCGAGCAUGUGCUCUUUGUAACUGCGUGGAGAGGAGCCUGCAUGGACAGAGGGAGCUGAGACAUUUUGGGCCAUUUUCUGAUAAACAAACCCUCAAGCCAUCAACUUCCCCACUGCCACAGCCUGGGAAUGAUGACCUGUCUUCCAUUGGAUUUUCCCACUCCCCCUGUUUGGCAGCACUCUUUGAUGACUCAGGUCAAGCACAUUGUAUUGUUGUAAUUGAUUAAUAUUUAAAGCUCUAUUUUGUUAAUACAGAACUGAUUUAUACUUGUUGUUGGUCGGGAUGUUAAUUGAUCUUUGGAUUUAUAAUAAACAGGCGGUUGUUGGGUUCAUCACUGGUGUGCUACAUGGUCGGAGGGAGUGAAGCAGCUGGAGAAUGAGGAGCUGGAGGAUGUGGAUAAGGCCGUUAUCUCAGGGACACAGCGGGUACCUCAACUAGACUUGAUGUUAUUAGGUAGAAAUAAAGCAAAUAACAAGAAUUCAGUCGUAUUCAUUACCACUGCUUUUGUUUCAGCUCUGCGAAUACUGCAAAAGACUGGGUGCAACCAUUCGAUGCCAUGCUGAGGGCUGCUCACGGUUCUACCACUUCCCCUGCUCGGCAGCCAGUGGAUCCUUCCAGUCCAUGAAGCAGCUGGUCCUCCUCUGUCCAGAGCACAUAGAUAAGGCAGAGGAGUUGGGUAAGAGAGCUAACAUCUCUGUCAUCAUUAUUUGCUACUCAAAAGAAAUGCUCACAAUAAAAGGCUUGUGCUCUGAAGACCAUUAUUUUGCCGAGCCUUAAAGCGUAUAUCUCUUUUGAUACCACAAAAUGUCAGAUUUACGCUCAUCUUGAGAUAAAGAGUAAUAAGUAGAUGGACGGGGUGUCAGUCUUAUUUUGAUCACAUACUGACUCGCCUUAACAAAGCAAGGGAAUCAGCAGAAGUGACCAUUAACUAGCGACAAACCCAGUGGAAAUUCGUUAAAGGUUUUAAUGAGGAAAUGGGAUGAACAAAAAAAAGUUGUUACAACUUUUUUUUCUCUGUAUCAAAUCUGAUUUGAUUUUUUUCUUGUUACAGCAGGUGAAGAGUCUUGGUGUGCAGUGUGUGACUCUGCAGGAGAGCUCACAGACUUGUUGUUCUGUACGGGUUGUGGCCUACAUUAUCACGCCACUUGUCUGGAGAUUGGUGCCACGCCCAUCCAGCGGGCAGGAUGGCAGUGCCCUGAGUGUAAAGUGUGCCAGACUUGCAGGUGGGUACUUCUUCGUUAGUCUGCAUGAAACAGGGUACCUAACAGCAUUUCUGACAUUGUGCCCUAAAAUUUUGUUUGCUGUUUACAGUCAGUUGUACUUCAAGGAUUUUGUUGAAUAGAUAAAAAUCAUGCAGAUUUGUGAAUGUCUUGAAUUUUUAUCUUUUAGACAACCAGGAGAGGACUCAAAAAUGUUGGUUUGUGAUGCCUGUGAUAAGGGCUACCAUACCUUCUGUCUCCAGCCAGCGAUGGAUUCUCUUCCCUCCGAUCUAUGGAAAUGCAGAGUAUGUUUUAAUUGUCCUUAAUGUCACUACAAAGAGAUGACUGUCCAAUCAGUAAUUUACUGCAAAAGGCAGUUUACUUGCUUCAUAAUGCAUUUGUCAGACUGGUUCUUCUAUUCAGAAACUGAUGUUUUACUUGGAUAUUUGAAAUAAGCUUUUAAAAUGUAGUUGUGUAACUUUUGUCAUACUGUGCACUUACCCUUUUUUAUGAAAUUUUCAGAGGUGUCGCGUAUGUACGGAGUGUGGUGUUCGUGGACUAGUGCUGCCCGGUUCAGCCCAGUGGUUUGACAAUUAUGCUGUGUGUGAGGGCUGCCAACGUCACCGCAGCACUAUGUGUGGCGUAUGCAGCAAGGCUGCCAACCCAUCUGUCACUCUGCAGUGCUGCAGUAUUUGCCACAGGUUAGUUUAAUGCACAAGAGCUAAUGCUUUUAUUAGAGACAGCUAUGUAUGGGCUUGUUUCAUAUGUUGUUGCACAAAUUUCCAUACGUUCUUUUUAUUGUCUUAGGUGGAUGCACAGUGAGUGUGCUUUACAAGGGGAACAUCCAGAAGCAAAGUGCAUUUGCCUUCUUUGCAAGGAGGAUCAGCAGCAGCCUGUCACUCAACCAUACUCUGAGAUAAAAACCAGAGAGGUGUCUGAAGAGACCGUCGGACAUGUGAAUUUGGUGGAGAUGACAAUCCAAACUGAUGCAGACCUGGUGACAGAAGAGCACACAGACUUAACACACACACCAAGACAGAGAGGCAAGUCAGAGCUGGACCCAGGUGAAGCAACUGCUGACAGAGAGUCAUCAAUGGACUUGGGUAAGUAUGAAUUGUACACGACACAACUUAAAGCUCACAAAUCAGUCAAUAUUUUUGACUACUGUAACAUAAUAUGACUGGUUUAUAUCAGAGAUGUCUACAUAUUAGUUCAAUGUGUUUUACUUUAGGAGUGGAGUCUGCAUCUGUUAAGACGACAGACGUUGGAGAGAAAAUCUUGCAGGAAAAGCUGAAGGCAGCAGCUGAAGAAUUCCCCUCUAAGGUGCUCGCUGCUUCACAUGAGUCUAAAGGUAAACUCGGACACACUUUUAAACAUACUUAUUUAGAAAAUGAACGCAAAGCAGCACUUUAUUUGAAUGAUGGUGUGCUGUAACUAAUGAUAGACUUGAACAUAUUGGCAAUAAUAACGACACAUUCCUAAAUCCCAAAUGUAGACCUCGCAACAACAGAACAGGGGGCCUCUUGUCUACCUGCUGAUGAGGAGAGAGCAGAAGACGCAGUACGCCAUGUAUCCCAAGCAAAGACACACUCGAACAACCCUUCAGAAGAAGCGACAUUGGUGUCACAGCAGAGCUUGGAAAACAUGGAGGUGGAGAAAGAGGAGGAGGAGCAGGAGGCCACUCAUUCAGCUAAGCAAAAUCUACCCGCUGAGUUAUUAAAGAUCAGAUCUCAUGGCAUGCCUCCUGCUGAAACAUUAAGUAAGGAUCCACCAAAGUUACCAGCCCCUGGGGACAAAACUGAGCAUUUGCCCAUGGCUAACCGGCUGGAUAGAAGUCCAUGCCACAAUUCCCAGUCCUCUUCUCUUCUUUCUUUAUCAGUGGAUACUCAGGUGGCCCUCUCUGCUGUGGAUGUAGAGGGGAGGUCACUACCUCACUCUGAGGAGGAUGAGGAUGAAGAGGAGGAUGAUGAACUGAUGAAAGAAGGACAUAAUGAGGACAUAAAGCAGGAACUGCAGGAGCAUGAUGUUAAAUCGGAAUUGCUGCUGGAUGAGACGUCGAAUUUGAGCAAUGGAGAUGGGAGCAGUAGUGGCUUUUUGGGCUCUCCAGGAGAACCUGAUCCUCAGCUCUCCAUGGAAUUCGGCCUUCUCCCUGCAGGCCGCACACACACGGAUAACCUGCUCACUGAGACCGAUGACUCGCUGCCUUUUGAACCCCUCAGAAGUGACAGAGAAAAGGUAAAACGCAGAGGAUCCCCAGGCCGCUCACGAGUCAAGCAGGUACAGUCACCAUGUGUUUGUUUAAUUAAGAAAUGAUGUGACAACAGUCUGACUGUUUUAUCCUUUUUUUUCACAAAACCCACUGACACUGAAUUGCUAUUUUCUUGGUUUGAAGGGACGAAGCAAUAGUUUUCCUGGGAAGCGGAGACCUCGAGGGGGUGGUGGAGGUAGAGGGCGCGGUGGAAGGUCACGUCUCAAAGCCAUGGCUUCCUGUAUAGAUGCAUUCUUGGUAAGCUCUACUAUGAUUUCCAUUCACACAUUCUCUUAGACUCAGUCAGUACAAACCACAGUGAUUACAACAUUUUUUCCAUAACUGUCUAUCCACAGCUGAGCAUGACCGCAGACACUGGAGUAAAUAAAGAGGAAGAUGAUGAGGAAGAUGACACCAUGCAGAACACAGUAGUUCUUUUCUCAAACACUGAUAAAUUUGUCCUGCUACAGGUACAGCUCUUGUUGUAGAGUCAUGUCUUUAGUGAAUCUGUGACAUACACUUUCAAACACAAAUCGAUGGACCUUUUUUCCUGUCAUCUCUUCUUUUCUAGGAUAUGUGUGUUGUAUGUGGCAGUUUUGGAAAAGGUGCUGAAGGGCAGCUAUUGGCUUGUGCUCAGUGUGCCCAGUGUUACCAUCCUUACUGUGUGAACAGCAAAGUAAGCACAUCGACCAUCGUUCCGCAUUUUUUUAUUUCUUUACUUUUUUAAAUGUGGAAAAGUUAAACCUUCUGUCUCCCACAGAUCACCAAGACGAUGCUCCGGAAGGGCUGGCGCUGUUUGGAAUGUAUUGUUUGUGAGAUUUGCGGAAAGGCUUCAGACCCCUCUCGACUGCUGCUAUGCGAUGACUGUGAUGUCAGCUAUCACACAUACUGCUUGGACCCACCCCUGCACAAUGUUCCUAAGGGUGGUUGGAAGUGCAAAUGGUAAAAAAAGAAGUUAAACUGUCAGAAGCACAAAGCUUCAUUUCAACCUCAGAGCUUUGAAUGGGGUCAAAUGAAAAUGAAUACAUUAGAAUUUGCAUAUUAUGUAAAACACUCAUGCCUCAGCCCUGCAUUAGCAAUUCACAGGCCCAACCCGCUGCCUCUUGCUUCCUCAGGCAAAGAAAAUUUGUUACACCGCUCUCUCUCUGGUAUCUGUGUUUUUUAAUCUUUCAUAUAAGCUGUAUAAUCAUUAAAGUUUUCUUCACUGCCUCAGGUGUGUGUGCUGUGUGCAGUGUGGUUCCAACACACCAGGGUUCCACUGUGAGUGGCAGAACAACUAUACCCACUGUGGCCCCUGUGCCAGCCUCGUCACUUGUCCUGUGUGCAGGGAAAACUUCAUGGAGGAGGAGCUGCUGCUGCAGUGUCAGUACUGUGAUCGGUGGGUGCUGCUGAGUAGAACCACACACACACACACACACACACACCAGACUUAGGUAUUCAUGAAACCACAGCUAAUGAUGACAAGUGGGGAAUGGAUUAUUUAUGUUUUUUUGCAGCAUGAAUUAUUCCAUAACAUCUUUUGAUUUUCACUGUGAUUUGUCAGGAAAAGUAUGCUCACCAAUAUAUUUCUGUGUGUGUGUGUGUGCAGAUGGGUCCAUGCUGUCUGUGAAAGUCUGUACACAGAGGAUGAAGUGGAACAAGCUUCUGAUGAGGGCUUUGCAUGCACAUCUUGCACCCCAUAUGUUCCAAAACCUGUGGGUAAGUCUAAGAAUGACACACAACAUUUGAAGACAUGGAGACUCCGACUUCAAGUAUAAACACAGGAGAAUCUUGUAUGCACCGAUGACAUCUUUUUUGUUCCUUUCUCCCCCCCCUGCUUUUUGCCUUUCUUCAUAGUAGUAGAGUCAGCCAUUAUGGCAUCAAUAAAGAUCAAAGAGCCAGGUCAGUGUUUUUUCUUAACACAAACAAAAUAAGAAUUUCCAUUUGGUAUUUGUUUUAUCUUGAAAUGAUACGAUUGGCUAUUACACUUUACAGAACCCCAGUUCUACCGGUUGGAGGGUGUGUGGCUGACUGAGUCGGGUAUGUCCUUGCUUCGAAGCAUUUCCAUGUCUCCCCUGCACAAGAGGCGACAGCGUCGUUCCCGCCUUGGCACCAUAUGUUGUGAAGGAGGUCCUGAUGGAAUGGAUCUCAGGGAGGUCGAAGGAGAGGGAGAGGAUGGAAAAGGUUAGCUCUCUUUCCCCUAACCCACUGUCCUGUAACCAAUAACAAGAAGCAUUUUGAUUUCACAAUUAAUGCUAAAUGGUUGUACUUUGUGUUUUCAGGGGAGCCAAUGGAAUGUGAAACCAAAAUGGAGAACCCUGGGAGCCCUUAUAGAGAAGGUGGUGCUGAAAGGGAUGCAGGUGCAGAUGGGACUGAAGGGAUGGCUGACUGUGAGGGCCUGAAAGGUGGAGCAGAGGAGACAGAAGAUAGUAAAAAGAGGAAGCGGAAACCUUACAGACCUGGUAAGUGUACCACGAUAAAAGAAAUUACAUCCACAUGGAUGUCUGAGGAUUCAAAACAAUGAUUCUGAAUGAUUUAUUUUUCUAGGCAUUGGAGGCUUCAUGGUGCGUCAGAGAAAGUGUCACACACGGUUAAAGAAAGAAUUUUUCGCCCAGCUGGCUGGAGAGACUACUCUAGAUGGACAGCCAUUUGGGAGGACCAUUGAUGAAGGUUAGUGACAACAGUAUCUUUGCUGUCAAGUUCAUUUCCCCAAUAUCUCCAUGAUAAGGUGAUAAAAGAAUUGAGUAAUACAGAGAGGAAUUAAAUGUGUUACUCUGAAAAUGUGAAAAUUGAUGUAAAUUUAAUACAACAUUGAAUCUACUGUGUAAAGUCGCCUUUUAGCCACAUUAGCCUUAUUUUGAAUGAUCAACAUACUUGUUUGAAUCAAAAUGCUAUUUUUUGGUUUUAAUAUUGUGAACUUGUGAAACUGAAUCCUACAGUUAUGUGUGCAGGACCCCACCCUGACACAGAUAAUAUAAUGGACCCUAAACCACCAGAGGGUGAAGAACAAGCCAAGAAACGACGCGGCCGGAAGAAGAGCAAACUCGAGGACAUGUUUCCAGCUUACCUCCAGGUUUCAAGUCCUUCCUCACCCAUUUUUACUUUGGAAAUGUAAUGUAUCCAGUGUUACACCCUUAUCAUCUGUUUUUGAUCUUUCCACAUCAGGAGGCUUUCUUUGGAAAGACGCUAAUAGACUUGAGUAAGAAAGCCAUGAUGAUACCCCAAGGGCAGAGGACGGGCCCAUGCCUGGUCCGACCUUCAUUACCAGUACCGCCGGGGGUCAGAACUGCUGCCCCAGAGAGUAAGAGCCCUAACUUAACCUUUUAAAAUUUGAAAACUCUGCAGAUUAUUAGUGUGGAAAGGGUCCAUGCAGGGUGUCUGACCUUUGGGCUUCUCUUAAUAGCUGAGGCCAAGGAUCGUGUGAUGAAAGAUUUACCUCUCAAGCAAGAGGGGGGUGAGGCCCUCCAGGCUCAGGGAGAAGGUGCAGGUAAGGGUCUACUUGGAAAGCAAUACUUAAUUAUAAUGAUUCUAGUGUUAUGGCAAGUUUGUUUAAAAUUACACAUUUUCAGGAGCUUAUGCACCAUCCUCAUCGCUGAAGGACAGGAAGUCAAAUGAUCCUCAUGACUCUGAUGCAGAAAAAACUGAAGGUAAUCUAUCAGAGGACAUUUUUGCAUGAACAGUGUCAAUAUUAUUCAUGACCUGGUUUUUAUAUUAUGUCUUACAUUGUUUCAUUCUUUUAUAACAGGUCUUCCACAAGGGGUCGAGAGUCAGGACUCAGAGCAGUUCUUCAGAAAGGUUCUGGGAGUGUCAGAUGGCUCCUCUUUGGGUGGCAUAAAGCCCAUUUUGGAGGGCAGUAAGGGAGAACUCGGUCAAAGCGGUCUGCCACAAAGAGCUCUCCUCUCAGGUCUGUACCUGUAUAUAAUCAUACUAUUAACACAGUUCAAAGGUUUAAAGUGGGAAGUAUCAUAAGCUGUUCUCAGACAUGUACUCAGGAAAUUUGUAGAUAUUUCAGGAGCUCUGACCCUGAAAUUUACCUGACUUGAAUGUUAACACAAGUUCUCUCAGUGUACAGCCUUCCUUGUCUGUCAGAGGGUCAAAGAGAGGAUCUCAGGAGGCUGUCUGUGUUGUCAAAUAGAUGCUGCAGUCGUAACGGUGUAUCAUAAUACAACCUUAUCCAAGUUAAAAAGCACUGAUCCUUAAAUUUUACUUUUUCAUCUAAUUUUUUUUACUUCAAAGCUUGUUCUCUCUUUUUUGUUUCCCACUUAACCACUGGCAUGAGUUCAUAAAUUCACUGCUGUCUUAUUGCCAGUGAUUGCAAUAAAGUAAUACAGUGCUUUCUUUUGAGAUUUGCUCACAUGUUGAAUCCGAAUCCUUGGCACUUGUCAGCAGUGGGAGCGUAAUUUGGUGAAAAACAUAACUACCAUGGUCUGUUUUGUGAAAUUGUAGUGAUACAUUUUGUAAUAGAGUGUCAAAACACACUCCUAUUACUCUGGCGAUGCUAAUGGAGUAGUGGUGUGAUACAGAGAUUCCGUACUGGGAGCAUUUUUUGGCAAGCGAUAUAAAUGUACCUUACACCUCUCCUGAAAUCCUAAAUACAGAUUUUGUAUUCGAGUGCUGAAACAUGCUCCCAUUAUUCUUACAGUCUGUUACUACCGUAGUAUUUUCAAGUAAGCAGCUAUACAAGGCAACACCAGCCUAGUGAUAUUGAAAAAAAUUGUUACCUGUAGCUCACCUGGGCAAUUUUGGUAAACUGUCAGGAGCUUUGAUCAUGUCUGAAAAGGGGUGUUUAAGAAUUUGUGAUGAUUUUGACAGUAUAAAAUUUCUUGCAGGGUCCCUGCCCUCAGCUGGAAUGAUGGAUGCUUUUCCCGGUCUGUCUCAGUCACCAUUCUUUGACAUGCGGUAUGACUGGUUACUGAAUUAUCUGGAAAUUUUCCUUUCACACUAGAGUGCAGUAAUGUUCUUCCCAACUAUCUAUGCCCCAAAUUUAAUAAAAGUCAAUAUUCCCUGGUUUGCAGGGACCGAGGAGGACUGUUCAGUCCAGACGGGGGUGAUGAGAGCCCCUGGGCCACUCCUUCGACCCCAGCAACUCCCUCCUCCCCACCAACCCCCACCGAGGUAGAGGGUGAUGGGCUGUCCUAUAACCAGCGUAGUCUCCAGCGAUGGGAGAAAGAUGAAGAGCUCGGGGAGCUCUCAACCAUUUCCCCUGUGCUUUAUGCCAACACCAACUUUCCAACCCUCAAACAAGACUACCCAGGUAAGUGCAGACAGAAUACAUUUAGUGUUGGGUCCAGAAAGUCAGCUUUAUCAAAGUGUUAUGCCUCGUCAAUAUAUGAUCAGCCGUCUUAAAAGAGCAUAAGUUUUUUCAGUGGCUUUGAAAAAAAAAUCUGCAUUUAAAGGCCUGGAAAAAUAAUCUGUAUGCAAGGCUGGGAACAGAAUAAACACAUGCAAAUUGAGCUGUAGUGUCACUAUUUUCACAGGAUCCAUAAGUUGCCUCAAAGAUAGAAGGGGUGGUCUUUCCAUAAGAUUUCUUUGUUGGACCUAGUUUGGAAAGUCUGCAUUUUCAGCUGCCCAAAACAGUUGUCCAUGUACAGGAAUGACAGAAGUGCAUCAAUUUAACAGUUUUCCAUUGAUAUGUUUCCAUGUAAACAGUCUCUAAGAUACUGAGCAGUUGUUAAAAUAUUUCUCCCGUCAUAGACUGGGCUAGUCGCUGUAAGCAAAUCAUGAAGAUCUGGAGGAAAGUGUCAGCUGCUGACAAGGUUCCAUACCUGGUAGGUUGCCUGUUUUUUGUUGAAUGAAAUAAUUAUUUUUAACUAAGUGUAGGGCAGUACAUGGCACAUCUCUCACUGUGUAUUAUGGAUCUGCAACUAAAGCAGACUGUAACAACCCAUAAGUCUUCUUUUGUGUAACAUGCAUAUGCAAAAAUGUUCACCUUAUUAUGUCAUUUCUUUCUGUAGCAAAAGGCCAAAGAUAAUCGGGCAGCUCAGAGGAUCAACAAGGCACAAAAGGUAAACUAAGAUGGGUACUUUUGGAAUGAAAGAUGAGUGCUUUUUAUUUUAGCUGAGCAGAAAUUGAAUUUGGUUGUUUGUUCUCUUCCUAAAGCAGGCAGAGAGUCAGGUUUGCAGGCCGGUCAAGAUGGAAGCUGGGCGUGUGAAAGGAGAACGGCCCAGUCUACACCUCCAGAUCCCUCCACCAUCAGGCUCUGCAUCAGUUUCUUCCCAGCCCAGCUCUGCAGAGAGCCCAUUUCCCUUCCCUCCAGAUUCAGGAUCAUCCUCUGUCUUUUUCUCAGAUGGACAUGUUAAGACCCCAGGGUCUGCUGAAAUCCGGACAGACCCUUUAGCUAAGCUGCCUCCUCAGUCACCCCACUCUCAUUCCCACCCAACCACUCCCUUCUCCCAUGCUGGGGCCAGCCCCUUGCAGGCCUCUUCCUCAGGUUAUUCCACUUCCGGCCCACAGGGUCCUCCUCAGGGACGGCCAGCCAGUCUUGGCCCCUUUGACAUGCAACCAGGAACUCCUGGAACCCCCAGACGGGCUCAGCAGGUUGACCCCUAUUUCAGAUCUCAGCUGCAGCAGCAACAAAGUCAUCUACCACAAACACAGCAGGGCUCUCAGGAGCCCCUAGGACCCCCUGAAAGCCCUCAUUCAAGAGGUGCUGGGCUUGGGGAGUCACCGAUCUUCUCCCCAUCCCACAGUACCCACUAUGGAGACCCUUUCAGAAACCAGCAAGGGAUGGUACGGCCUGAUUAUGGUUCAUCCCCAUCACCAUCUGCAGUGGCUUCCUCACCUGCCAGCCUAGGGCAGUACAGGGCUGAUAUGAGUGCACCUUCUCCACGCGCCUCCUCAGUAGGACGUCAGGACCUAUCCACCGGUUCCCCUGCUGGUGCGAUGGAGUCUGGAGAUGGUUUAUUUAAGGCACCUAUGACACCACGAAUGCACCAGGGAGAGGGUGGGGCUCUUCACCCUGGAGCCUCCCCAAGCCACCCAUCUGAAGGCUACAGGCAGUCUCCUUCCCACCCUUUCUCUGAUGCACAUGCUCAGUCAUCACUAGCUCCCAGACCACAAUCAGGGGACAAUUGUCCUCUUGGGCCCCAAAGACAUCCAGGGGGUCAACAAGAGCUAUGCUCUAGAGUGCCCUCCAGUCCACAAUCCCAGGGCAGCUCUCAGUCUCCUCACACUCCUGGGGGUAUCUCUAAUGACGGUUACUCGGUCCAGUCUCCUGCAACCCCACGUUUCCAAUCCCCAGACCCUUGUUCUCAGCCCCCUUCAAGGCCACAAUCUAGAGACCCUUAUACAACGAUCCACAAACCCCCUCGUCCCUCUUCCGCUGCCCCAGAAGGAACUACAAGCUACAAAGGUUCACCUCACCCUCACCAGCCGCCUCCAUCCCAGCCCUCCAACACUUCCUUUGGGGAUUCUCUUUCUGGUAAACCAUCAGCACCUCUGCCUUUCAACAGCAGCCCCAGCUCCGGAGGUUUCCAAGUAACUCAACAACAGAGCCCAAUGUUACAGGGUCAGCUUCAGCAAUCACAGCAACAGACUCAGCAGAAUAUUGGGCCAGACAAUUUCAGCUCCAGGGUGCCACCUUCAUCUGGAUCUCAAGAACUACAAGCUGUGCACCCUCCAGAUGGACCUCAUCAACCAGCAUUGCCAGGCACUCAAGAUAUGCCUGACAUUUCAGCAGUGCAGGACCCUUCACUUGUAGGCCUCAGCCCUUCAGAAUUAGAGAAACACAGACAGGUACUAUACAAAAAAGCCCCUUGACUUAAAUUCUUGAAUGCUCUCUUAAGAAUGUUGCUCAUCUGUGUUUUUUUUUCUUCUAUUAGCGCCAGAGACUGAGAGAAUUCUUGAUCAGGCAACAAAUGCAAAGAAAUUCAAUUAGACAAGAGAAGGAGGCUGCUGCUGCUUCUGGCAGUGCAUCCUCUGGCUGGGCUGGAGGGGAAGUGGGAGCCUUUCAACAGGAGAAGGCCCACAGAGCACCACCACCCUACCCACAGGUAAAACACCUUCACAGUAUCCUCUUACACAACUUUGCAACAGUGUUGGAACAGUCCCGCCAUCCCUAGGCCCUUGUACUUACACCUUGUAAUUGUACCCAGAAAUGGCAUUAUAUGGGUGUCCCACUGUGUGGUAACACAUCGAAUUAUAGCGCUGCGGAAGCUUGAAAGGCAUACCUUGUAAACACACAGCUGGAGCACCACAUAUGCACACUCACAUUCACAUACAUAUAGUGCUGCUCUGUCCUGCCAACUUCAAUGCUCCACAUCGUCACUUUCCCCUCAUAUUCUGCCAUUAUUACUACCUAGCAGUAAGGUGACUUUGCCUGGGCAUUAUCCCUCAGUUUGUAAAACAUUUUACACAAAGGGGCAUAAAUAUCUUGCCUUGAAAAUGCAGUAUGUAAUCGCAGAGUGUUUCCAAACUUAUGAAAAGAAGCUGUCUGAUGUCUCAAUAAAAGACAAGCAAGAAGUAAGUGCAUGCUCGACUGGAGACCACAUGGAAAAUCAAAACUGUUUUUAUUAAAUAAGGACAGAUAAAUCAUUUACUGUAGCAUGGUUCAUACAGCAUGGCUGCUCUUGUGUAUUAAAAUCAAUUUACCUAAUGUUAGUAAACGGUGCAUGCAACUGUGUGACUUAAUAAGGAAAAUUGCAAGUAGCUUUGAGUAACCAAAAAAAUGUAUAUAUACAGUAUAUAUAUAUAUAUGUAUAAAUAAAAUUCAACAAUACAUCUAUCUGUUUUUGGUAUUCCCUCUUGCUUCAGGACCGCGUUGCUGCUGCUCCUGCUGGUGCUCAGGUUUCUGUUGCAGGAAAGAUUCCUUUAGCUGUUGGAGGUAUGGGGGAAAAACUCAUUCGCCAACCGCUUACAGGAACUCCCACUAUCAUGGAUCCAACUGCACAAAGGUCAGCUCCUCAAUGAAGUUCAUUCAAAGUUUAUGUUGAAUAUAUGGACAUAAUUCUGCUCCCCCAAACAAGGUUUUGCAGUAUAAGGUAUUAAAAUUGAAAAUAUAUCUUUGUGUGUCUGUUUCUUCAGGCCGGCAGGGCCAAUGCAACCUCAAGGCAUGUUUCCCCGUCCACCUUUCCACCCACAGUGGCAGGGUCAGACUCCAGGUCCAAGGAGGUUCCCCCAGCCGGGCAUGGAGGCUAUGCGGAUGAGGCACAACCUAAACCCUGCUGUUAACAUCCAGGGUAUUGAAGGCAUUGCCAACCCUGGUGUAAUACCAGGACACGCAGGGGAAACAAUGCAGCCAAUGGGCCAAGGACCCCCACCACAGUUCAUUGAAUUACGACACAACUCCCAAAGGCUUCCCCUACGACCACAGUUCAUGCCUCGUGGACCCCAGCCUAGGCCACGUAUGUUUGUCCCACAGCAAGAGAUGACAGCGCCAUAUGGCCAACAACAUCCCAUCACACAAACUAGUGACAUUCAAACAGAAGGGGGCAGUAGCUUACAGCUUGGAUUACAGCAGGGUGGACUGUCAAGCUUGCUGCCUCAGCAGUCUGCUGGACCAGUGGCACAACAGCCCCACCUGCAUCCACAGACAGCUUCUUCCACUGAGCAACAUCAGCUCCCACAGCAAAGCUUGGUCCCAGGGUCUCAGACUGCCACAGCAGAAAACAGUGAGGAACUGCCAGAGCCCGACCUUGAAGGGCUUGGAGAUGCCCCAGGAGAUGGUGGUGUGGAAGAUGAGGAUGAUUUAGCUUUAGAUUUGGACCCUGACAAAGGAGAUGAUGAAUUGGGUAACCUUGACAACCUUGAGACCAAUGAUCCACAUCUGGAUGAUUUGCUAAACAGUGAUGAGUUUGAUCUCUUGGCUUACACGGACCCUGAACUGGACCAAGGAGACCCCAAAGAUGUUUUCUCAGAUCAGCUGCGGUUGGUGGAAGCAGAGAGUGAAGUUCCUUCAUCCUCUUCUGGAUCUGUUUCUGUCAAAGUGGAAGAUAAAGUCAAAAUAGAGCCAGGGCUGAAGUCUCUCCCAACAGCCCCUGCUUCUGCAGGAGGGGCUGCCACUCAACCAGCAUCUACAGAAACUACUGAUACCUCCAAAACCAAAGCCGAGGACAGAGCUCAGCAGCAGCCAGGACAGGCUGUAGUAAAAGAUGAAUUAGGAGAAGCUGUGUCAAUAGUUCUUGGAGGAAACACACCAUCAGCCAAGCCUGCCCAAGCAGAAAACCAGUCAGCUUCCCUCAGUUCAGUUCGAUUAGGUGGACUACAGUACCCCCUGCCAGGUCAGACUGAUGCAUUACCUUUUAGUUCAGCUGUUCCACAUGCAGACAUUGGUGAUGACUCGCUGGGACUGCCUGAUGUAGGGGGACAACACUCACCUGCUGUAGAUUUGGCAAAGGUAGAGAGCUCUUUAGAUGGUGAACUGCCUCUUCUGAUACAAGAUCUGUUGGAGCAUGAGAAAAAGGAGCAACAGAAACAGCAACAACAGCAACAGCUUAGUUCUCUCCAUCAAGGAGGCAUGGCACCUCAUUUUCCUGGUCUCCCAAAUCAACAGCCAAACCCACAAGCACCUGGGCAGAUAAUUCUGCAGCAGCACCAUCGUCCACCACACCCAGGAAUGAUGGCCCAACCAGGGAUGGUUCCCCGUGCUCCACAUAUGCUUCAACAGCAGCAGCAGCAGCAGCAGCAGCAAAGACUCAUGGGAAGUGGAAUGGCACCUCCUCUUCAUAUGGCAAUGACUCAACAGCAAGCCAUGAUGAGGAUGGGGCAGCCAGGGAUCCAUCCAGGUCUCAGUCAUCAACAGCAGCCUCAGCAGAUAGUUAAACAGGCACCACUGGCCAACAGUUUCUUCCCAGAUAAAGGUACAUACUGUGCAGUUUUUAUUCUCCUUUGUAUGAAUUAUAGUAUUUCUUUUUCUUCACCAACAAUGAUUGUCUCAUUCUUUCAGAUUUAGACAAGUUUGCGACGGAUGACAUCAUGGAUCCAAUUGCAAAAGCAAAGAUGGUAGCUCUUAAGGGCAUUAAGAGAGUGCUAACACAGGAUCCAAUGGUUGUUCCACCUGGCAUUAAUAGGUAUGUUUUGAUUUUAAAGCGCCAAUUAAUUCUUUGGUGUUAAUUUUAGCUACUAUGGUCAUUGUUUUAAUCUACUUUAAAGUUAGUAAAAAAACACUUAGUUCCUCUUUUGCUGAUUUGAACUAAGUCUUGGCACCAACAGGAGGUAUUCAGUUCCCAUUUAAGAUUAGAAGUCUGCACUUUAUAAAAUAACUAUUCCAGAUUAUUCUGGAAUUCUGAAUUAUUUACCCUUAAGAGGUGACCCACAUCAAUCAUGUUGACCGUCAAAACUGUUGUAGAAAUCCGGCCGGUGUUUCUGCAUGUCUCCAUAACGUCUAGCCCUUAGUCGCUAAUUAACUGUCAAAUAAUAACUUAUUUGUAUUUUGCUGUGCAUGCAAUAUGAAGUAAUUAUCAGCAGCAUACCUCCUCCCAAGUUGAUGAAAAUCUGGAUUCUGUGAAAAAACUGAAGAUAAUUUAUCUGACUGUGCUCUCAGAGUAAUGAAUUAUGUUGGAUGAAAAUUGAUUUUAAUUCUUUUUUUUCUUUACUAUUUUCCAAUUACUCUAAUUUACCAAUCAAGAGCACAAAAUAAAUUCUAGCCAUAAUGUACAUGAAAUAUGAAGACUACUCAUAUGCAGCCUGCAGCUACUGAAAUUUUGCAGUGUGACAAUAUUGAGAUGGUAUAAAUAGGUAGAUAGUAAAAGGUAUGGGCUGUUUGUCCUCUACAAAACCCACUUGAAACCUAGUUUCUGUAUACUAGACAAUUUUAUAGUUAACCAUCUGAACUCUUUUUAGGCAACAAGUUUCUUUGCUUGCUCAGAGGCUGUCCUCUGCCCCAGGCACGGAUCCAGCUCAACAUGGAUCUGGACCCUCAAAGGUAUUUUUUAUUAUCUACCAGAUGUGAGUGACAUACCUUUAUGAUUUUUGGUGUUGUUUAUUUUAAUGCCUCCUCUUUGUUUUCAGGAGGGAGAAAUAGGUGAUCCCACCCAGUCAAGACCCAACCCUCCCCAGUUUGUGCAAGGAAUUAUCAGUAUGUUAACCCAUUAUUAUGUUUUGUUAGAAUGGAUUUGAUGCAUGGAUAACUGUUCUGUCCACAUACUCUGGUAAAUUUAAUAUGUCACCCCCCUUCUGUUACAAAUGAUGCAUUAAAAUGCCCUCUUCUGUUACAGACGAUGCAGAACAGCACCAGUAUGAGGAGUGGCUUCUUCACACGCAGCAGUUACUUCAAAUGCAGUUGAAAUUUUUGGAGGAGCAGAUUGGAGUUCAUCGCAAAUCUCGUAAAGCCCUCUGUGCUAAGCAACGCACUGCAAAGAAAGCUGGCAGGGAAUUUGCUGAGGCAGAUGCAGAGAAACUUAAGUUGGUUACAGAGGAGCAAAGCAAAAUUCAGAAACAGCUUGACCAGGUGCGUGCAUAACUGCUAUGCUACUUUUUUUUUUUUUUACAGCAAAGAUAAUUGGCAUGUUUUUCAUCACUCCCUGUUUAUUACUUUGCUUUAGGUACGCAAGCAGCAGAAGGAGCACACCAACCUUAUUGCAGAGUAUAGGAGCAAGCAACAGCAGCAUCAGCAAGGCUCGGGUCUUAUUCCUCCAGGUCAGUCUGCACAGGGGGGAGGCCCUCAUAUGUUUCCCAAGAUGCCUGGUCAGAUGGUCAUGGGCCAACAGGGAACGCCUCUAAUGGGCCAGCACCCUGGCAUGAUGCCCCACAGUGGAAUGCCUGUCAGAAUGCCACAGGGGCAACCUUUUAUGAGUGGAGCCCAGCCACAGCAUCCUGCAGCCCUUGGAGCCGGUGGUGUGAGACCCCAAGGUCCACCAGGUGCUCCUGCAGGAUUUUUCCCACAGGGGCCAGGAAUGCAAGGUGCAGAUCCAAGACUUCUUCAUGAGAGACAGCUUCAACAUAGGAUGCAGAUGGCAAAACUCCAACAGCAGCAGCAGCAGCAGGCGAUGAUGGGCCAGCAACCAUUGCCACACCCAAAUCAACAGCCUGGCUUAAUCACACAAACACAGUCUGGUAUGAUGCAGAAUCCACUUAUGGCCCAACAACAAGCAAACCCUCAACAAGUAAUGCUAACAAGCCAAGCAAAUCAGCAGAGCAUGGGCCAGGUUCCGCAAGGAAUGGUCGGAGGUCAGUCUGGAGCUACACUGCCACAGACCCUCCCAGGAGGACAGCCUAUCAACCAUGCUCAAGGCAUGAUGCCAGCUCAGCCAGGUAUUAUGGGGAACCAUCCAGGUGUACCACAGCCACAGAGGCCUCAGAUGAUGAUGGGACAACAGGGAAUGGUUGGAUCUCCAGGUCAUCCUGGCCUCAGAGGUCCUCAGGCCCAAUUGACUCCACAACAACAGAACAUUCUGGCUCAACGCAUGCUGGCAUCUCAACAACAACAGCAACAACAACAACAGCAGCAGCACAAUGCUGCAAAGAAUCUGGGCCAUCUGCAGCAGCAGCAGUUGGCACAGCAAAGACAGUCAAUGCAGUUGAUCAGCCAACCAAGUCAAGAGCAGGGAGUGCACUCUCAACCCUCAACUCCACAGAUGGGCUCCUCACCUUCAGCUGGAAGUAACACCCCACAACCACAGGGGGCUACAGACAGCCAAACCUCAGGCCCCAAAGAGGGUGGGAUCCUCAGUCCUGAUUCAAGAACGCCACCACAGCAGACUGGACCCCCUACUCCUAACCAGAUAUCUCAAGGUUCCACAAAUGAUCACCAAACUGAUGUGGGCAGAAAGGAGCUACAACAACAACAACAACAGCAGCAGCUAAACCAGGUGAACAUGGCCCAGCAGCAGCAGCAGCCAAAUUCUCAGUCUGUACCUGAGCAACAAGCGGGUGUGGUUGGAAACCAACCAACUGUUGUGCAACAGCAGCAACAACUCCAGCUCACUCUUCAGAGGCAAGGUUCAUCAGGUGUGGACAGGCCUGCUUUGAUGACUGUUAAAGAAGAGGGUAAACCAGGCGAUUUCUUAGCUCAGCAGCAACAACAGCAAACAGUUCAAAAUGCUAUGCAGCAGUCACAAGAUCCCAGUAUGCUGCAGCAGAUUCAAGGCCAGAACCAUCCUGGCCAGCCACAGCCUGGUGUGAUGAGCCACAGUCCACAACAGCAAGCUCUCAUGGCCCAGCAACAGAAACAACAGGCCAUGAUGGGCAUGAUGAGAGCCCAGCAACAGGGGAUGAUCAUACAGAGGCCUGGACUUCCACCUGGACAAAUCCGCACCCAGAUCAACAUUCAGGCAAUUAUUGCUCAAAAUCCCCAGCUCCGUGGUCUCCCCCCUAACCAGCAGAUACAGCACAUCCAGGCUAUGAUUGCCCAGCGGCAGCUCCAGCAGGGGCAGAUGCUACGGAUGUCAAUAAAUCAAGGCCAGCAAAAUCAAUUACGACCUCACAUGCCCCCAGGCCAGGUGCCACAGAUUGGACAUCAGAUGCCAGGGAUGGAAGGCCAACAGAUGCCAUAUGGUGCCAUGGGGAAACCAGGACUACCGGUCUCCAAGCAACAGUUGGGCAUGAUGGGCCAGCAACCUGGAAUUGCGCCUCAGAUACAGCAGGGGAUGAUGCUACCAGGGCAACAGCAGCCACAAGCAGGGGAAAUGAUGCAACAUAUGUUGAGGGGCCAGGUACCAGUUUCACCUUCCACUGCAGAUCAGGGACGCAUGAUAACAUCUCCUCGUCAGCCAUUGCCCAACUCUCCAGGGGAUCCACAAAGGCAUACAUUCAAUCAAGCUAUGGGGAUGCGUCCACCAACCCCCAAUCAGAACCCACAAGCACUAAUGGCUGCUGCAGGAGGCCGCAUGCAGGGCUCUCCAUCCCAUGCAUAUUCUCCAAGAGGUCCCUACGGUAUGAGCCCAGCUCACCCUGCAUCACCCCAUCCAUCUCAUGUCUCCUCACCCAUUGCUGGCAGGGGAAGUCCUUACAGCCAAGUCAAGGCAUCUCCACUCAGGUCACCUGGAGCCAAGAGUCCACUUGACUGCCCAGCAUUGAAGCUAGAAGCUCAGACUUCUGGCCAUGAAACACCUCAUACAGUCCCAGGUAUCCCAAAUGGUCCACAGAAAGACAUCGGUGUUUCACAACAGCCACAGCAGGUCACAAACAGCAGUGUUUCAGACACCCACCAAGGCUCAGGAGGAGGGGAGCUCUGCAGGACAACCCUACAAAACAUUAAACAGGAACCAAGAGAGGUUCAGUGUGAUGGUGUGGCUGAGGCUCAUCCUGGCACUAUAAAGCGAGAAGCAGUUAGUGAAACAGUUGCUUCUGGGAACAAUACAGGCUUUAUUCAUUCUGGAAACAUGGCUGGAGGCCCUGAGAGUCCGGGCCCAAGAUCAGAGACUGGACAGCAACUUCUACAGAAACUCCUACGAACAAAGAACCUUCAGCUUGGUGCUCAGAGACCCUCUGAGGGCAUCCACAAUGAGAUUAAUGGCCACAUCAACAGCAAACUAGCAAUGUUGGAGCAAAAACUUCAAGGAACUCCAAGAAACAUGGAGGUAUUAUUCAUUUAGUGCAUUCAGUCUGACACAAUUAUGUUGUAAGUGGGGUAAGAAUUUUGUCCUUUUAAAAAAAAUAAAUUCUCUCAUUUUACAGGAUUUACAGUCUAUAACUAAAAAGCCCCCUGCACAAAAACCAAAGCGCACUAAUAAGGCAGCUGGGGACCGAGGGCCCAAUGCACGUAAGAAGAAUAAAAAGGAAGAAGUUGGAAAAAGUGCAGAAGCCCUGAUUAAGCAACUCAAACAGGUAAAAUGCUGGCAUUUUAAACUCCUCCAUCAACAUUUACCAUUUAUGUUUCUAGUUUAUUCUUUGAGCACUUCUUAAUGAUGUGGAAUAAUGGGAACUUACAUUCCAGGGUCUCUCUCUGCUGCCCCUGAUGGAGCCCUCUAUCACUGCCAGUCUGGACCUGUUUGCUCCCUUUGGAAGCAGCCCAGCUAAUGGAAAAGCCCAGCUCAAAGGAUGCUUUGGAAAUGCAGUGCUGGACAAUAUCCCAGACUACUACUCUCAGUUACUUACUAAGGUAUAAUUGCCUUCCAUUAUGCACCAAGGGUUGGCUUUUUCGGGUUUUUUCAGAUGGUGUAAAGUUAUUUUUUAGGAACAAUGGUUGUUUUUGACACUGAUGUUUUGUGUUUUCACAGAGUAAUCUCAGCAAUCCACCAACACCUCCAUCCUCCCUGCCACCUACUCCCCCACCCUCAGUGCAGCAUAAGCUGCUGAAUGGAGUGACACCUGGGGAGGAACUGUCUGAGGGUCAGAAAGACACAGAGCAAGCUGAAGAACCAAUGGGUAAACAAUGGGGGAUUUUGCAUUAAAAAGAUGAAGAAAUUGAGAAAAAAAACUAUAUAUGCACAAACAAAUAGUAGAUUGACUUAGUGUUGUUAAUAAUGUCUCCCUUUCAGAUUGUGUUACUGAGGAGGUGAAGAGUGUAGACAUUCUGGCAGCUCUCCCCACUCCACCACAUAACCAAAAUGAGGACAUCAGGUACAAUACAAACAAUCUCUCGGGUUCUGUGUAAACCUGAAGUCAUGGAUUAAUUGUUGUUGAGGAGCUAUAAAUGCAGCUAUCCACUUUUUCUCUUUUUAACAGGAUGGAGAGCGAUGAUGAGGAUGCCCCAGAAAGCAUCAUCCCAGCAUCCUCUCCUGAGAGCAACAUAGGAGAUGCUACACCACGUUUCCCCCACCUCCGGGAGCCUAAAGAGGAGGAAACAGAGAGAGCAAUAUCCCCUAUCAUCCCCCUCAUACCUCGCACAGCCAUACCAGGUAUAAUACAGCAUUCAAAUCUGUUAUUCCCUCAAACAAAAGCAGCCAUCCUGUUUGUGCUUUGUUUAGUCUUUCUGUUCAGCCUUAUUGUACCUUUACUCUCAGUGCUGUUGAUGGAUUUGUACCAUAAAACUGAUUUGCAACUUUUCAAUUAUAGCAUUUCCAGAAAAUAAACCACUUGAAGGAGCUGAUGGCAAGGUCGUUUCUACAUCCAACCAUUGGGACAAGAGUAAAAACAACGAGGUGUCUGUUACCUUCAUGCUGUCCUCUGCUGCAGCCAAGGUACGAUGCCAACAAACCGCCUGAGCGUGUGUAAUCCUCUUUAAUUUUCUUUGAAGCUAACAGAAACCUGAACCUGACUCUUUUUCUAGAAACUGAACCAUGUAAUGAUGGCCAUGGCCCAGCUGCUGAACAUCAGGAUGCCAGGUUCCUAUGAGGUGACUUUCCCUUCCCAAAACUCAGAUAUGCCUGGAGCUGAUGGGCCAGGGAAAGGACCAGGACAGUCAGGUUUGUAUUUUCAGACUUGGAUUUGUUUUGACUUUGUUGAUGUCUUAAAACGGCAAGUUUGUGAAUCUAUUCUCUAAAACUAACUUCAUGUGGUCGUUUUCUAGGAGUGCUUUGUACAAAGGAUGGCCCCUCACCCAGUCAGGAUGAGUGGCUAAGACAGUUUGACGUCUCUCUUCCAGGCUGUACUCUAAAGAAACAAGUGGAUAUCCUGGCUCUCAUAAAGCAGGUCAGUCAUCACAGAUCAUUCAGGGACAGUUAAACUGAUCUUUCUGGGGGGUAUAGAUCUCAAAUGUGAUUUUUCUUUCUCAGGAAUUCCCUGAAAAGGAGGAUAAACCAGCCCAGCACUGUUACACAACCAAAGUAAAUGACCUGGAUGUGCGGCAUCUUCCUGCUAUCCCAGUGGAAGAAUCUCCACCUCCUUCACCAUCCCCUCCAGAUCCUCUCCCACCUGUCCCAGUUGAAACUACUGAACCUGAACCUCCAAAAAAUCUAGCUUCCCCAUCUCCCGCUCCCUCCAGCCCUACCAGUGUGCAGAUCAAGACUGAGCCCGAACAGCCCGUUGAUCCUCCUACUGAUGCUCCCUCACCUGCUGAUGUCCCAGAAUCUGAUGCUGCUGCUCCACAGUCAGUCACAGAUUCAACAACUCUUCCUGAAGUUUCAGAUGAAACUGCUCCUACUGAGGAUCAGCAGAGUCUUGCUGUCAAGGGGGAAGACUCGGCCACUGAUCCUGUCCAGCCUCCUGAAGAUCCUCCCAAUGACGUGGAGUCUUCCCCUAAGGCCAUCAAGCAACGCAGGCCUAUGUCCCCCGAUGAAGAGGUGGUUCACCCCAAAAUGAAAAAAUGGAAAGGGAUUCGCUGGAAACGUCUGCAGAUGGUCAUCACAAUACGUAAAGGUGGUUCUAAGAAAGAGAGCAGUCGCGAAGUGUCAGAGCUGAUGGAGCGUCUACGCAUAACUCUUCGACCUGACAAGCUGCCUCGGGAUAAACGCAAAUGCUGCUUCUGCCACGAGGAAGGUGAUGGAGCCACAGAUGGCCCGGCCCGACUGCUCAAUAUCGAUGUGGACCUUUGGGUGCACCUUAACUGCGCCUUGUGGUCUACAGAAGUGUAUGAGACGCAGGGAGGGGCCCUUAUCAAUGUUGAGGUAGCUCUGCGUCGUGGUUUGCGGACGCUGUGUGCAUACUGCCAGAAAACAGGUGCCACCAACAGCUGCAACAGACUGCGCUGCCCGAAUGUCUACCAUUUUGCCUGUGCCAUCAGAGCACGCUGCAUGUUCUUCAAAGACAAGACCAUGUUGUGCACCCAGCACAAGCUGAAGGGCCCCAGCGAAGACGAACUCAUCACAUUUGCUGUUUUGCGGCGCGUCUACAUCGAGCGCGAUGAGGUGAAGCAGAUCGCCAGCAUUCUACAGCGAGGUGACAGGAUCCACCUGUUCCGAGUCGGCGGUCUUAUCUUUCAUGCUGUUGGUCAGCUGCUUCCUUCCCAAAUGGCAAACUUCCACUCAUCCACCGCCAUCUUCCCUGUUGGUUAUGAGGCCACACGCAUCUACUGGAGCACACGUGUCCCCAACAAGCGCUGCCGUUACCGCUGCCGCAUCAAUGAGGAUGAUGGCCGACCCCUGUUUGAGGUGCGAGUUCUGGAGCAGGGCAUGGAGGAUCUGCACUAUCGUGACACCACCCCAGAGGGUAAGUACCAAAGCACUGCUCCCACAUUAUUUUACAAAGUUUCUUUCACUCUUUACUGAAAUGAAGUCCACUCACUGUUAAUUGUAAUUAAUUUGACAUCUCUUGUCAAAAGGAAUCUGGGAGCAGGUGGUUCAAGAGGUGGCGAAACUCCGAGAUGAAUCAUCCAUGUUGAAGUUGUUCACUGAACAUGUAAAGGGGGAGGAGAUGUAUGGCCUCACCAUUCAUGCUGUCAUGCGCAUCACAGAGUCGGUAAGGAUGGACACAAGGAGAAAUGUGUCAACUUUUUUCAAAUGUGGUUUUGUCUUUGUAUUUCACUUGUGUUGAAGCUUUCUGCAUUUACUUAUAUAUACUGUGCAUACACACAUAUAUGAAGAAAGAGAGAGUUUAUAAGAGUAAACUAACAGUGAGAAGAGAAGCAUUACUGACAAACAGACUGCAACCAGACUCAAAAUACCACCUACUAUCUAAGACCUGUGGGCCUCAGGGUCACACAUACUUGCUGUGAUAUACGGUUCAGCUGUACAUCAAAGAGCGUUACUAACAAGAUUUUUAUUUGACUUUAUUAUUUUACAGUUGCCUGGAGUUGAGAACUGCCAGAACUACCAGUUCAGAUAUGGUCGCCACCCUCUGAUGGAGCUCCCUCUCAUGAUCAAUCCCACAGGCUCUGCUCGUUCUGAGCCCAAAGUUGCCACACAGUGCAAAAGGUAAAGAAGCAAUAUUUUGAUGUACGAGCUAGACUCUGGUGGGCAUACCAUGAAGUAAACAUGUGUGAUCACUCUAAAGUCAUUUCUAGCAUGACACCUUGGUCCUUAGCAUAUAAUUGUCUCCUCACAAUAGUUAUUCUCAUAAAAAAAAAUAACAAAAAAAAUCCUAAAAUUAUUUUUCCAAUUUUAAUUAAAAGCUUUUUAAGUGAAUUAUUUCAUGUACUGUUGUUAUAGACAUUUCUCUCCCAUUAACAAUUCAUUUGUUAAGUAAUCUUGCAAAUAUUCUGGAUACUCACUCACAUUUUCAUGUCUGUUAACUUUUUUCCUCAAGGCCUCACACACUAAACAGCACCAGCGUGUCAAAGGCCUACCAGAGCACCUUCACCGGAGAACUCAACACACCAUACAGCAAGCAGUUUGUCCACUCCAAGUCAUCCCAGUAUCGUCGUUUAAAGACCGAGUGGAAGAAUAACGUCUAUCUGGCACGGUCACGUAUUCAGGGUCUGGGUCUGUAUGCUGCUAAAGAUCUGGAGAAGCACACCAUGGUCAUUGAGUACAUUGGUACCGUCAUCCGCAACGAGGUGGCCAAUCGCAGAGAGAAGAUCUAUGAGUCUCAGGUAAUUGAACUUAUUAACCCCUGUGGAAAAGAAGUAGGAUACAGGUUUUCUGUGUCAACAAAACAAUUUUAUAAUGAGUUUUACAACUUUUACUUCUCUACCAAAAUGGGAAUGCCAGGCUUUUAACAGGACCUUACAGGUCAGCUGAUAGGUUGACAGACCAAAACAAAGGCGGCGGCCUCCGUUUGGAACAGCCAGCUAAUGUUAGAGGUCUGAAAGAGGGAGAAAAUAAAUAUGCUUGAUUUUGUCAGUAUGUUUAUAGUUAUGCAUGACAUUUUUGGCAACAUUUUGUUUAACUACCAAGCACAGGAGUUUUCUGUUAAGUCUGAGAAUCUCUGCGGUAAAGGAAAAAAGACAUUAGUGUGGAAGCAUUUUUGUUUCAGUGCAAGGCCAAACUGUCUUCCACUGCUGCAAGAAGAUGUUAAAUUUUAGUUGAAAUCUUAAUUUUGACCACAGAAUUGUCAUCAUUUGUUCUUCAUUUUCUUUUUCCUAGAACCGUGGGAUCUACAUGUUCCGCAUCAACAAUGAGCAGGUGAUUGAUGCAACUCUGACGGGUGGCCCAGCUCGGUAAGUGUUCAUUAUGAUUUAUAGCUCUUCGUCAACCCUCUGGUAAAUUAUUUGUUACAUUAAUUUGAUGGUCUUCUCUCUCCCAGCUACGUCAACCAUUCCUGUGCUCCCAACUGUGUUGCGGAGGUGGUAACGUUCGACAAAGAAGACAAGAUCAUCAUCAUUUCCAGCCGGAGAAUCCCCAAGGGUGAAGAGGUACAGGGCAUUUAACAACUCAUACUGUAUGUUACAUUUCUGUGAAUUUUGUCAGGGAAUUUUUUUUAAACAUCUUUUCCAAUAUUCCAGCUGACGUACGACUACCAGUUUGAUUUUGAGGACGACCAACACAAGAUCCCUUGCCAUUGUGGAGCAUGGAACUGCCGGAAGUGGAUGAACUGACCAGAAGAAAGGACAAGACGUAAAGGAACGUGGAGAAAUUCCCUCCCACUGGUGCCAGAAGACUCUCGCGCCAAAGCCUUUGAAUCCUACAUAGCCAGUGCAUAAGCUGAUCUGAAAGACGACGAGGAGGAGGAGGAUGGCUGGCCUCCAUCAGUGGAAAAAGACUAAAAGCGUUGACACCUGUAGCCAAAGGUUUGAAGAGCAUUAAUCAAUAGAAGCAAGCAACUGCUCCAUCAACACCGAUUUGAUGGUGGCACUGACUUUCACAUUUGGACUCCCCCUCUCCUCAGUCGAACCCUGAUCCCUACUCCUCCUUUUUGACUGUUCUUGAUAAGCUUACAGCGGCUGGAAAUCAAUCCUCAACAUCUACCAAAUGAUUCUGACCCUCUGAUAUCAAAACUGGACAAAAAGCCAUUUUUAAAAAUACUAAGAGUGAACUAAUGAUGCUUUUUUAUGUUUUAAGUCGGACCUAUUUCCUGUCCCACCCUGACCACACCUCCCCCUUCAAUCUCCCGGAAAAAGCACUUUCCCAUCACGUCAUCAAUGAAGACAACACGGAUAUUUGGCUAGCUAGACAAUCCUGAUGUGGCUCUGUGAAAGAGCUGCGUCUGAUCGAUGGAAUAAUAAAAAGAAAAAAAAAGUUAAUAUAAAAAUUGAGAUGCUAUUGAUCUGUGGCUCCAGAGGCAUCAGAUGUUGUGACUGUGUGGAGUCCCAUGGUGGGUUAUCGGACCCAGUCUACCUCAUUGAUAUAGCGGGAAGUGACUGCUUUGUAUAAAAACUGUUAACUGCUACUGUGGAAUGGGGGAGGGGGGGAGAGGGGGGAUGUUUUUAUGGGCUUAGCCUUCUCGGACAAGCAGGGAAUCUUAAGCAGCAGGUUUGCUCUAUCUACUCUAUGCUGAUGAUUUACAAUAAUGAGCCAACAUAAUUAUUAUUCUUCAUGAGUUGUUUAUACAGAGGAAAUAUAUGACAGUUUUGAUAAGAUAUUGCAUUAAAAUCACAAUCAGAAGCUUAGCAGGUGCCCUAUUUGCCACCAGACCAUCCUUGAAAUUGAUGUAGCUUUUUUUUUUUUUUUUGUUCUUUUUAUUUAUAAGUCUGGAAAUCAUGUUAGCCGUGUGAAAGCACAAGGACAUCCACCUUUUCAGUCGCUUCAAAAUCAUGAUUAUGUGAGUGAACGGCUCAAGGAACGCAGGACAUGUAUGAUGUCCAAAACGAACAGAGUACACAUUUAGCUUCUUGCCUCAUACAUUGAAGUUAUACUUGUUGAAACCACCAGGUGGAUGCAUGACUACUGUCCCAUGAAAUACUUUUUACUCCCCUCCAACUUCUCAAUCUUUCCACGAGUCGACCCUAAGCUUUCUAAAUCAUGCCUCUUCCUCUGUAGUAUGUAGUGGACUGUUGUUAAACAUUACUGUAGUAAGUCUUCCUCUGCCUGAGUACAGCCUCAUGUGUUUCUACUUCCCCUGUAGUGUGCUUUUUUCCUAGUGCUGGUACUGUCCCCUCACAGGUUGUACAGAUGGCAGGGAAAGACUUAUUGAAAAAAAGGGCAUUUGUUUCAUUUCUCUGUAAGAUGAAUGAAAAAAAAACAAGUCUUUAAAGGGAGCUUUACUAAAAAACUCCACCUUCCCAUACUACUUAGUUUCCUCCUUCCCCUAACCUAAGACCUCACAUGAUUUAAAAAUGCAAAGUUGUAUAAACUGUAUAUAUAGUAUAUGCAUUGGGGGACAGCAACUCUUUAAUUAGCCCCUUUGUAAUCAACGAAGUCAAAGUGUAGAGAAAUAAAAUUGAAAAAAAUCAACCACUGGAUAUCAUUUUAACAAAGAUAAAGCUGUAUAUAAAUAUAAAUAUAUGUAAAAUGGCAAACUAAUAUCUUUAUGUAUAUGAACCAGAGUGUUUUGCAUUUACCUGUUUUUUCUAUUAGUGUUUUUGCUAUAAGCUCUCAGAGACAAGUUUGUUAAACAUAGGUAUGAGAAAAGUGUCUGUUCUUCUCCAAUCAGUUGUGAUGAGAAGCCAAUGUGAUAACUCAACUUUGGAUUCAUGUGGAGGGUGGUUAAUUAUUUGACAUGGAAAUCACUUCUUGAGUACAGCAGUACAAUGGUGCAUAGCAUUUGUAUUUAUGUAAUAUUGUUCGUGUUUAUUUUCUCUUUUUAUUUAUGCUACUGCUUGUUGAUUACCAAAACCUGUCCCUUAAUUGGUCACGAUUGGAUUGAUAUACUCUUGAAUGGAAAAUCUUGAACUCCCUAGACUAUUGUUAGUGUUUUGCUUUUUUAUAUCUUCCCUAUAGAAGUGAAUGUGUUGGUAAACCUUGUGAAAUGGUUACUUGGCCUAAUGUAUGUUAUGAUGUAAUACUCAAAGUUAACCCCAUAAUUAACCUGGUAAUGAAUUGCACUCUCAUAGUAUAACAAGGAUCUUCUCUAAAGUGGUAGAUAUUGAUCAAGUAUCUGAAGCAGUGAUAUAUAUAAAUAUAUAUAUAUUUUGGUAUGUUUCUAUUUCAAGGGAAGACCAUGAAGAGACAUUAUGCCGCUCACUGGAUUUUAGCCUGAAUAAUUUUUAACUUCUCUGAAUCUUAAUUUAAGUUCUCUGCAUAUCUUAUAAUUUAAUAAAGUUUGCUCAAAAUUGAAGGUUUUUUUUAACCUCACCUACUUUUUAAAAAGAUGUUGCAUCUGUACAGCAGAGAUACUUUUAGGGAAUAUGAAUAAAUAUGAUCAUUUUUAUUGUAUGUGGCAUGUUUUGUAUGGAUAUUAUUUUGAAUUGUACAUAUUUUUUUCAGGACGCAAGAGGUUGCAUCUCUUUAUAUACAGCUUUCCCGCUCCCCUUCCCCUUCAUCUUAUUUCUUUGUCUGCUUUUGUUUCUUGUAAAGGAAAAUAAAAUGCAUUUUAAGGAAAUUGAA